AGCUAGCUGUCAGAAAAGUGAGUUCAUUCCCCGAGUCGAGUAGACGGAGCGUUGUCGAUAGUUUUUAUUUUUCUUUUCUUUUGCUAUUCCUAUUGACAUCUAAGUACAUCGAAUCGGCAAGAACUGAUCAACCUCUUCACCGAGCCCGGCCAUGGACGAACAGGCAGGGCCCGGCGUGUUCUUCAACAACAAUAACAACUCUGUUUUAGCCGGCGGUGGGAAAGGACCGCUGCCCGAUGGCGACACUGGGGAGGCGGCCAGAGCGCAGUACAGCAUCCCGGGGAUCUUGCACUUCCUGCAGCACGAAUGGGCCCGUUUCGAAGUAGAGAGGGCACAAUGGGAGGUGGAGCGGGCCGAGUUGCAGGCGCAGAUCGCCUUCCUGCAGGGGGAGAGGAAAGGCCAGGAGAACCUAAAGAAAGACCUCGUUCGGAGGAUCAAAAUGCUGGAGUACGCACUGAAGCAAGAGAGAGCAAAGUACCACAAAUUAAAAUACGGGACGGAGCUAAAUCAGGGCGACAUGAAACCUCCAAGCUUCGACUCUGAUGAGGCCAACGAGAACGAUUCUUCUGGAUCACUUAACAAUCAGCUGUCCUGGAAACAUGGCCGGCAGCUCCUCAGACAGUACCUGCAGGAGGUGGGUUACACAGACACCAUCUUGGAUGUAAAGUCACAGAGGGUCCGAGCCCUGCUGGGUCUCGCCGGCGAUGGAGCCGGCAAGACUGGAGAACGGAUGAGCACGGAGCCUUCGGUCAACGGGCCGAACUCAACACCAAAGGGGACCAGAGGAAAAGCUGAGCUUUCUGACACAAGCGCUGUGCUGGAGGCCUUCAAAUUCAUCGAGAAUGCAGACUUCAGUGAUGAAGAUGAGGAGGAAGACAGCGACGGGAAAGACAGGACUAAUGUGGAAUCCAGGACUAUUGUGCGAAAAAAGCCCUCGUCGUCGUCGUCAUCAUCUCCAGCCAGUAUGGACACCAGUGAGGAUCCCGACACAGAGGAGGCCCUGAAGGGCUUCGACUUCCUGUCGAAUCCUGACGAGAUGGACACGUCAUCAGAGUCCCGGGGGACCGGAGACGGCACCGACUGGGACAAGGACGAGCAGGGUCCCGUUUCUGAGGCCUGGGAUGUGGACCCGGGAGUGAUAAACAAACUCAAGGAGCAGUACAAAAAGGAGCGCAAGGGGAAAAAGGGGGUGAAGAGGCCCAACCGGUCUAAGCUGCAAGACAUGCUGGCUAACCUGAGAGACACGGAGGACCUGUCUCACAUGCAGCCUCAGCCGACCCCGCAGUCCCGGCCCAACGUGCCGCGCUUCAGCGAACACGAGGGGAACAGGACAGAAGAAGUUGAAGCGCUCACUUUCCCACCCACACCAGGAAAGUCGUUCAUUAUGGCCACAGAGGAGGACAUGGAGAACGUUCUGGGCCUGGGGGAACUGGCUGGACUCACUGUGGCCAACGAGGCCGACAGCAUGGUGUAUGAUAUUGGCAACAAUAAAGAUGCCAUGAGAAAAACGUGGAACCCCAAAUUCACCCUGCGGAGUCAUUUUGACGGGAUUCGCGCUCUGACCUUUCACCCUGUGGAGCCGGUCCUGAUCACUGCUUCUGAGGAUCACACGCUCAAAAUGUGGAACCUGCAGAAAACCGCUCCAGCCAAGAACAGGAGUACAUCUUUAGACGUGGAGCCUAUCUACACUUUCAGAGCCCACAGGGGCGCUGUACUGAGUGUGGUGAUGAGCAGUACAGGGGAACAGUGUUUCAGCGGAGGGGUCGACGGCACCAUCCAGUGCUGGAACACGCCCAACCCGAACAUCGACCCCUACGACUCCUACGACCCGUCAGUGCUGCGCGGGGAGCUGAGUGGACACACCGACUCGGUGUGGGGUCUGGUGUACAGCAGCGCACACCAGCGCCUCCUCUCCUGCUCCGCCGACGGAACCGUCAGGCUGUGGGACGCCAACACCACCUCCCCUUCGCUCGCAGUAUUCAACGAAAACAAAAAGAUGGGAGUGUCGUCCUCUGUGGACCUGGUGUGCAGUGAACCAGCUCAUCUGGUCACAUCCUUCACAAACGGCCAGAUCGGCCUCUUCAACAUGGAGACCCGCCAGCUGGUGCUCAGUAUGGAAUCUAAUCUGGAACCAGGAACCCCCUGUCAGAUCAACAAGGUCCUCAGCCACCCAACUCUUCCAAUCACCAUCACAGCGCAGGAGGACAGACACAUCAAAUUCUUUGAUAAUAACAGCGGGAAGCUGAUUCACUCCAUGGUGGCCCAUCUGGACGCCGUCACCAGCUUAGCUGUGGAUCCAAACGGACUUUAUCUCAUGUCAGGCAGUCACGACUGCUCCAUCCGUCUGUGGAACCUGGAGAGUAAAACCUGCAUCCAAGAGUUCACGGCUCACAGAAAGAAAUUCGAGGAAUCGAUCCACGACGUGGCGUUCCAUCCGUCUAAAUGCUACAUCGCCAGUGCCGGGGCGGACGCUCUCGCCAAGGUGUUCGUAUGACACGGAGCAACACGUCCCUCCCCCACCACAGCCUCGCUCUCUGACUCAGUCUCCUACGAUCAGGGACCAAUAGAGACACAGCAGGGGAAGGACAGUCAGGCAGCGAGUCUGGUCCCACCUCAAACUAGCCACUGGUCUCCUGUCGGACUCGCAGACUAUGUAGCCAAUAGCCUCAAAUAGGUUGUGAGGAGGAGGAGGAGGAAGAGGAACUGCUCUCUGGUCCCGACCUCCUUCACUCCCCACCAUCCAGGCAGGCCUGGGUGUGACUGGCCACAGCGCCCCCUGCAGACAGACUCAAACUUCACCUCCACAGAAAGGAGAGAGGCUCAGGACAAGUGGCAGUGAGGAGCGGAGAUAUGAGGUCCCAUCUUCCUUCGCGCUCAUCCCAGAUCCUCCUCGGCUAAACCAAGUUUUUCUCCGUGUUGCGUUUCUGAGACAGAAGCCUCCCAGCUCCUCUCCUCAGCUUCCCCAGACUGACUCUGCUAGCUUGACCUGCCUUUAUUUUCCUUUUUAAAAACCUAUAUUGACGAAUGUGCCUUUGCUUUAAAAAGGUCUUUAAAAAAUUUUAUUUUAACAAGCUUGUUUUUCGGGGGCGGGGGGAAGCUGGUUGUCGCAAUGUUGUCGGUUUUAACAUUGGAUGUAAAAUUACAAAUACUUAUAAUAAACAAAAAUAUAUAUUCAGUCUUAAAAAUUUACAGUGCAGCGUGAGUUUGAGUUUUUGUUUUUGAUAAGUGUGGUUGGGAUGUCAGUUCUGUGUGUUUGGAGGCAGCGCUGGUAGAGCGAUACAGACCAUUAAUUUCAUGCCUGUUUCUUAGAUUGAAGCCACUGUACACUUCUGAAGAUUACACGCUUAUGUGUCCAAAGUAAACCAUUUUGGUUAUAUAAUUAAAAUUAAACAGACUUGAUUCUAGAUGUCAACUUUUAGGAAUAUCUAACACAUUUUGGCCAGUUUGCUCUUGUUUGAAUUGAAUGCUGUGUACUGUAAAUAGUUUUUUUUUUUUUUUCCUCCCCCGCCUCAGCUGUGUGGACAUGCUUGACUACGAUGUGAUGUAUCAUGUCCAGGUAUUUACAGUAGUCCAGUGUUUAGCAGGAGAUUAGUGCAGUACUUUUAGGACUAUUUGAAAUGAUGAUUUAACCAAGAGAAAUGUCCUGCAGUUCCAGUUUACUGUAAAUCCAUGAGGUUUGAAAGCAAGCAAAGAUUAAAAAAGGCAAACAGGAUGUUGUACGUGGAGAGUACAGCUUUACAUGAGCCAUUUUCUCAGUCACUGGUUUGUAUAUGAGAGUAUGUUCGAAAUAAAAUCUGCUGUAAAAUGUUAA